CUUCCGGUCUGCUACCAUCAUCACUUGAUUAAUAUCCUCCCCUGUGAAGCCAAGAACUACGAGGAGGAGAGCAAUGGCGGAGGAGAGCAAGAUACUUAUCAUAGGCGGCACCGGUUACAUGGGCAAGCACCUCGUAGAAGCGAGUGUGAGGUUGGGACACCCGACCUUUGCUCUGGUGAGAGAACGCACUCUGGCUUCUGAUCCAGAGAAGGCGAAGCUCAUCGAAGCUUUCAGGAACUCCGGCGUCGUUCUGCUCUAUGGGGAUUUGUACGACCAGGAGAGGCUGGUCGAGGCUAUAAAGAAGGUCGAUGUGGUGAUUUCGGCGUUGGGGCACGAAUCCCCCAAGAAGUUGGCCGAUCAGGUUAACAUCAUUUCGGCCAUCAAGCAGGCUGGAACAAUCAAGAGGUUCUUCCCCUCUGAGUUUGGCUUAGAUGUUGGCCGUAUUGAACUUAUGGAGCCGGCAAAAACCCAACUUGGAGUUAAGGCUCAAAUCCGAGAGGCCAUCAAGGAAGCAGGGAUUCCUUACACCAUCGUCUCUUCCAAUUUGGGAGGUGCAUAUUACUUCCUCCGGAGAAUUGGGCAGAUUGAACCUAUGGAACCUCCUACGGACAAGAUCCUCGUGCUAGGAGACGGAAAUUCUAAAGUAAUUUUUGUUGGAGAAGAAGAUGUUGCAACAUACACCAUUAAAGCUGCAGAUGAUCCAAGAACUUUGAACAAGAUAUUAUAUAUCAGACCUCCUGCAAACAUCUACUCUCACAAUCAGCUAAUAUCCCUUUGGGAGAGAAAGAGUGGCAAGACCUUCGAGAGGAUUCAUGUUUCCGAGGAAGAGAUAUUCAGGAAAAUUCAAGAAUCUCCACCUCCCUUAAACUUUGGUUAUGCCAUUGCUCAUGCUGCUUUCGUGAAAGGAGAGACGACAAACUUUGAGAUUGAUCCGUUAAUUGGUGUGGAGGCUUCCGAACUUUGCCCUGAUGUCAAGUACACCACAGUUGAUGAGUUCGUCGACCGAUACAUUUGAUGGAUCAUGUGGUAAUUCAUAGACCGUAUUAUGAUCUUCCAAUAAAGAAAGGUUAUAUUUUUAUGAUCACAAUGGGCUAGGGUGAUCGUAGCAGUUGAUGCAAAACAUGAAGCAUUAACUUAAAGUGUAAAACUACUGGAUUAUUCCAAUAAAGAAAGAUCGUAUUUUUAUGAUCACAA